CUUUCAACGAACUCCCGUCCACCAUCCCAGUUGUUGGACGCACCCUUUCAACUGUUCAUCUCAUCGUCGAAACCCGUUCGCCGCCCACCUUCCCACCUCGAAACGAUCCAAACCGCUCCCCAUGAUCGAAUAACAACCAUAUCCUCGAUUGUCCGGAGACCCCCAAUCCUGGUGGAAACCCCCGCGCUCGACGCUGUUCUGAAGAGCCCUUCAUGAAGGCGCUCCAAUCGCAGUCAUGGUGGGCUUCGGUUGGCGAAAGCCAGCAAACGUCGCCGGCACCUCGGCGCCGGCCAUCCUUUUAUCGCUCUUUGUAGCCACAGGCGGGCUCUUGUUUGGAUAUGAUACCGGGUCGAUCAACGGUAUUCUGGCGAUGGAGUCGUUCAAGAAGGAUUUCACCACUGGCUACUUCGACAAGGAGGGAGUACCCGGCAUGUACCCAAGCCAAGUGUCACUGAUUGUGGCAAUGCUGAGUGCAGGAACGAUGGUGGGAGCACUCAUAUCGGCGCCAAUAGGUGACUUAUGGGGCAGACGGCUCUCACUUAUUGCCGCCCUGGGGGUGUUUUGUGUUGGUGCUAUCUUCCAGGUGUGCGCGACGAAUGUGGCCCUUCUUGUUAUCGGGAGAACACUGGCGGGCAUUGGAGUGGGCGUUGUCUCAGUUCUUGUCCCAUUAUAUCAGUCUGAGAUGGCACCAAAGUGGGUGCGUGGAACGCUCGUCUGCGCCUAUCAGCUAUCAAUCACGGCCGGUCUAUUUGCUGCUGCCGGCGUCAAUAUCUUAACUCAUAAUAUGAAAGGGGCCGCCGCGUAUCGCAUCCCCAUUGGUCUUCAGCUUACCUGGGCUGUUGUUUUGGCCCUUGGUCUGCUGAUCCUACCGGAGACGCCCCGUUAUCUUAUCAAGCGCGGCUACAAAGACGCCGCUGCUCUUUCACUCAGCCGUCUACGUCGGCUCGACAUCACCCACCCUGCUCUCAUCGAGGAGCUCGCAGAAAUCCAGGCAAACCAUGAGUACGAACUAGCUCUUGGCCCUGACACUUACAAAGAUAUAUUCUUUGGCGAACCACAUCUGGGUCGCCGCACACUAACAGGCUGCGGGCUGCAAAUGCUCCAGCAGCUCACAGGUGUCAAUUUCAUCAUGUACUAUGGCACCGACUUCUUUCAAAAGGGCGGUGUCGACGACCCCUAUCUCAUCACCCUCAUCAUGCAGAUUAUUAACAUGGUCUCGACGCUGCCGGGUCUCUUCGUCGUCGAAUCGUGGGGUAGACGAAGGCUGCUCAUUGUCGGAGCCGCCGGCAUGGCCAUCUGCCAACUCUUGAUUGCCUCGUUCGCUACCGCCAACGGAAGCAAUUCGGAGACGCAGAGCCGCAUCCUCAUCAUUUUCGUGGCCAUAUAUAUAUUCUUUUUCGCAGCCUCCUGGGGUCCCGUGGUUUGGGUCGUCACAUCAGAAAUCUAUCCGCUGAAGGUACGCGCGAAGUCGAUGUCCGUCUCUACCGCCUCCAACUGGCUUUUGAACUUUGGCAUUGCCUAUGGGACCCCUUACAUGGUGGACACAAAUAGAAUCGAAGGGUCCCGGUCAAUCGAUCUCGGAUCUCGCAUUUUCUUUCUCUGGGGCGCAUUCUGCAUUCUCUCGAUCGCCUUUGUCUGGUUUAUGGUCUACGAGACGAGCAAGAUCAGCUUGGAACAGAUCGACGAAAUGUACGAGAGGGUGGACCAUGCGUGGAACAGUCGACGAUUCGAACCGAGCUGGAGUUUCCAGCAGAUGCGAGAUUUUGGCUUCUCCGACAGUGGCAUUCCUCCUCAGGAACCACAGCUCGAGCUGCAACAAUCACGCAGCAGCGAAUCACAGUCAGAAACAGGCGGAAGCUCGACGAAUACGGCGACGACAUCCUCACAGGACGAUAAGCUACCGAUUCCAAUAGGCCAUGUCGAUUUCAGUUACUGA